GCUGGGGUGGCUGGGGAAAUGCGAGCGGAAAGGCCGCGGCGGUGGAGCCUCCUCGGCGGUCUCCUGAACCGGCGGCGGCAGCGUCGCGGGGUGGCAGCAGCGGGUCCGCAGCGGCGGCAGGCAGCAAGACACACAAGUCGAAGAGCAUGCCGGCGCUCAGCAAAGGUGGACAAGAUUCCGACAAGGAGGAGGAGGAGUGGGGCAAGUGGUAGGGGGGGCCACUGUGCGGCCUUGGAGCAGAAUCUAGGGGUGGGGUUAGUAACGGGAUAGUAGCCAAGGGAUGGUAGCGGCGGGCUCGCUUUAAUUAUAUAUGUGCAUCUUUUAUCCGAGUAGGCUGACGUGAUUAGACUUUCGGUGGGUGUCAGCGGUUUGCGAGCCCGUCUUUGCCAGAUGCUGGCAGGUGGUAUCGAGUUAGCUAGCGGUGGCCAUAUGGCAUGUGGGUUAAGCGAAACGUGGGUUAAGCGGGAUGCAGGAUUGGCCUGAUGCUAUGUUUGGUGCAUGGGAAAGCUUGGUCUUACUGCGGGCUGCGCGGAAUCCAGCGUACGACGUGUGAUUUCCCCGAAAUGAGCACAUUCGAAGUGGCAUGAAACGCACUGAUCAUACAUGCAAACUCAGUCCACAAUUUAGUCUGUAACGUGCACUCCUUUACAGGCUACGGUGUCCUUCCGUCCACAAGGUUGGCCUUAUCUUCUGCGCACUACUUUGUACACGCUUGCAGAUUUGUUCUGCCGGCUAUGAUACUGGUUGCCAUGCGCGUCCUCACAUACUCGGACAGGCAGCAGUAGAGACAAACCGGGCUCAAGUCCGCCGCAUAUGUAACAGAGUAGUUGAAGCUUUCUUAAAGUGCUUUACCUCUCCAGCUCCGGUUCUGCUUGUUCGCCGAGCACUGCUAACCGCACGUCAGUGGAGAUCUCAGGAUGGAGGCCGGGCAGGAUGGCCAAGAAGGCCACCAGGAGAGCAGCCUGGAUGCUCAAGCAUCCUACGAAGGCAUGCCGGAGGUGAACGCUACAAAUGCUGAAAGCGAAAACCACAAUCAUGACCAGCAACAAGGCGCGGAGCCGGUGUUUGUCAACACCGAGGCGCCGCUCCCAUCAUCACCACCGCCUGCUGCUGCUGAGCCUCCGGGCCUCGGCUUGGAGGCCCCCGCCUUCGUACAGCAGCAGCAAUUCGUAUACACAGAUGCCGCAUCAGCAGCGGAGGCAGCUCCCCCCCAGGAGGCUGCUGCUGCUGCUGCUGUGGGCCCGGAAGCUGCAGCUCCAGGGGUCCCGGAGGGCGGCCCCCUGGGGCAAGCCAGCGCUGGCGGUAGUGGAGAGGAUGGGGCGGGCGGCGAGACCAACAAGAGGCGGCGACGGAAGUGGGGACCGCCCGCAGCGGAUGCGGUUCCGGGUGCUGCUGCGGAGGCGGGGGGUGUUGAUGGAGGGGCGGCGGUGCAUGCAGGGGUGAGCGGUGGGGGUGGUCAUACCUCCUCCACGCCCCCACCGGAGGGAGGAACGCAAGGCGGGGAGGCGGACGGUGCGGAGGGCGACCGAAAGCGCCGGCGCAGGAGCAGGUGGGAGGAGAACGAGGCUGCUGCUGCGGGAGGCGGCGGUACGGCACUGGCGCUGGUGCCGGGCGGGGCGGGCGGGGCGCUGGCGGUGUUUCCGCGGGAGGUGGUGCUGUCGGGGGGGAUCAAGGUCUCGCUCCCCCCCACCAUCACGGGUGAGGGGUCCCUGGCGCAUGCCGACCCCAAGCUGCGGGCGCUUCAUGAGGAGUUGGAGGGACUCAACAGGAGGCUGCAGAACAAUGAGCUGGACAUUCCGCCCGAGGGAGACCCGCGUCGCUCGCCCUCCCCCGAGCCCGUGUACGACAGAAACGGCAUCCGACAAAACACACGGGAGAUCCGCUACCGCGAGCGGCUGCUGGACUGCCGUCACCGGCUGGUGGAGGAGCUGAUGCGGGAGGACCCCAGCUUCAAACCACCCGCGGAUUACAGACCCAAGAAGUACUGGAAGAAGGUGUACAUUCCUCAGGACUCCUUCCCCACCUACAACUUCAUCGGCCUCAUCAUCGGCCCGCGCGGCAACACGCAGAAGCGCAUGCAAAAGGAAACCAACACCAAGAUCGCCAUCAGAGGCCGCGGCUCCGUGAAGGAGGGCGCCUCGCGCGACCCCAAGUACGACUACGGGGAGGAGGAGGAGCUGCACGUGCUGAUCACGGGGGAGCGGCAGGAUGACGUCGACAAGGCUGUUGAGAUGAUCGAGCGGCUGCUUGAGCCCAAUGACGACACGCUCAACGAACACAAGCGGCUGCAGCUGCGCGAGCUGGCGGCACUGAACGGCACGCUGAAGGACGAGGUGGCCUGCUACAUUUGCGGCGAGAGCAGCCACCGCAGCAACGAGUGCCCCAAGCAGCAGGCGGUGGAGGUGUACAAGCUGCCCGAUGACAUUCGUUCCAAGGUGGAGGAGCAGUAUGCGCGGGAUGUGGCGCGCAUGGCGGGCGAGGGAGGCGCGGCGGCGGGGCGGGGGCUGGAGGACGAGUACAAGAGCUUCCUGAGGGAGCUGGGCGGUGCCCCCCCGCCCGAGAUGCUAGGCGACCUGGCUGCACUGGAGGCGAGGGAGGGCGGCGGCAGGCCGGGGCUGGGCAGCGGCGGGCGGCCGCGCAGGCCUGGAGAUGAUCUGCCGGAGGAUCACAAGAUCUACAUUGCAGGCCUACCGCCCGUCUUCAACGAUGUGAUGCUGCGGUCCAUGUUCGAACCCUUCGGCAAUGUGUUGUAUGCGGUGGUGGCAACGGACGGAGCGGGCAACAGCCGCGGCUUUGGAUUCGUGCACAUGCCGGAUGCCGCCACCGCCAAGGCCGCACGGGACGGUAUGGAUGGGCGGCUCAUUGAGGGCAAGCCACUCACAGUGCGGUUGCGCAGCGAGCGGAAUGAGCGCGGGCCGCGAGGGGGGCCGGGGCUGGGAGGCGGCGGCGGCGGUCCCUCGGAGGGGGUGGAUGAUGCGUGCAAGUUAUACCUGGGGCAGCUGCCGGCCACUGCUUCGGAACAGCUGCUGCGGCCGCUGUUCGAGCCGUUCGGCCCCGUGCUGGAGCUGCGACUCAUCCGGGACCGGGAGAGCGGCGGACUCAAGGGCUUCGGCUUCCUCACCAUGUCCACCCCGGCCGCCGCGUCCGCCGUGAUGCGCGCCAUGCACGGAUACCGACUGGACGGGAAGAACAUCGUGGUGAAGCAGGCGGGGGCGCCGCCGGGCAGCGGCAGGGACGAGCGGGGAGGCGGCGAGGGACCGCACCGGGACUUCCACAGGGGUCCCAAGCACGACGGUCAAGGCCGCAUGAUGGGCCCCGCGGGGGGACCCCCUCCGCCCCCCGGCCACUUCCCGCCCGGACCCGCACCCCCUCCCGGCGGGCCGCCUCCCCACUACCCCCCGCCCGGCGCGCCGUACCCGCCCUCCGGCCCCCCACCGCCCUACCCACCACCCUACCCGCCGCCGCACCCACCGCCGCACCCGCAAUGGGGGCCCUACGGCAGCCCCUACCCCCCUCCCGGAGUGCCUCCGCCGCCGCCCUACGGCCCGGGGGCCCCUCCGCCGCCGCCCCCCGGAGCCCCGUACAACCCGUACGGCGCUCCCAUGCCGCCGGACCACGGGUACGGCAUGGCACCUCCGCCGCCGUACGGAGGCCCCCAGCAGCAGUCGUACGGGUACGGGGCUGCGGCGGGCGGGUACGGCGGGGACUACGGAGCUGCGGGGUACGGGGGGGCAGCGCCGCCGCCCCCGCCCUCCUACCCCCCACCGCUGCCACCCUCUCAGCCUCCGCCACCGCCUCCGCCGGAUGCGGCGCCCGGAGGUGAGGCGCAGCCACCCCUGCCGCCGGGCACGGGCGCCGAGCAGCAGCAGCAGCAGCUGAACGAGUACGAACGCUUUAUGGCGGAAAUGCAGCGCGGUUACACGUAGGACGUGUUGGUUUAGGUGUGCAGAGGCCGUUGUGCGGUUGCGGGUGGUCCUUGAGUUACGUGUUCUCCAGUCUUUACCCUGGUCUGACUGGCAGCGUGGGUGCGUUCCGGCAGCGCAGGCAUAGCAUCGUAGCCGCUUGGAUUGGGAAGUGUCCGCAUAUGAGUUCGACUUCAGGCUGCUUGAACAUGUAACUGCUUGCUGAAGACCCAGGGAGACGGGGCGUGUAUUGGCCAGUGUUGUGAACGAACCAACAUAUGGUAAUUACCUUGUGCCGA